GACAAAAAUUACAAGCCGCCUGCUUCUACCCCAGGUGGCCAUCCUGAGGAGCCAGUUGUGGUAGAGUCUUCUGUUGAGCCCUCCACAGAGCCUUCCACCAUGCCUGCUGCCACCACUGUUGAUGAUUUGCCUCCAAGACCCUCCUCUUCUACUAGCUCGAGUACUUCAGCUGGCCCGGGGGUUCCUUCUUCCCGGACUCAUCCUUUCACGGCCCAUCAGUUGAGCCGGACACUAGCCAGUUUGAACAAUUGGAUGUCAGCUGCGACAUCCAAGUUGUCUACAUUGUCUGCUACAAUUGAGACCCACUCAACACCUUCCACUACUCAGAUUCCUCAGUCCAUUAAGGAUACACUGAAAAAAGCUCCUGGACAAUCAGAAGAAGAUUAUGAGGACUCAGGACGCCUUGGCUAA